CCCGCGUCAGUGCAUCCCUGGCCAGCUGAUGAUGUAACUCCACUUAACGUGUGGGAAGCUGCGAGCUGUAUCGCGACUCCCAAUCUUAUGCCUCCUUGCUGCACCUCGACUAGCCUUUGCCAAGACCAGGUAGGACAGGCAAGAUGAUGGUGCCCGCCUGCUGGAUGCAGCUAUGAUAGGUGGUAAGGUACUCGUUCUGUUACCUCUGGUCUAAGCCACUAUCGUCUCCCGAUGGUCUCCCCUCACCUCCCCGCCCUGGUGACGGUUCCCUGUCUCUCUUCCUCGUGCGACCUUAGUCGAACUACAAGUAGCCAAGCUAUCCCAUUCUUAAUCCCACUUUGACCUGACUUUAUCUCUCCAACUUGAACCGAGCCCCCAAGAUCUACCGUCCUAAUACACGAUUGAACACCACUACAUCUAUUCUACCAAGUCAAAACAACCCAUCUUUCAUCAUGGACUUCGUCAAGAACCUUGCGGGAGGCAACAACAACAACAACGCGGCCUCUUCCGCUGACCAACCUGAGAAGAAGGAGUCCGGCGGCUUCAUGGACAAGCUCAACGGCAUGGCUGGCGGUGGCCGCGAGAGCGAGAAGCAGGAAGACGGCCUUGACAAGGCUGUCGACUUCGUCCAAGAAAAGGUCCUCGGUCAAGGUCCUCAAGAUAACGAGAGCGCUGCUGAGCAGGCCAAAGACGAGCAAAUCAGUGAUUUCAUCCGCGGCCAGUACAAGAACACUACUGGCAAGGAAUUCCCCGUCGAGGACAAGGACAAGAAGUACGGCCUGUAAAUCAAUGGAUCCGUCAGUCGAGCACCUCAUAGAAGAGGAAUGCUGCGUUGCGCCCGAGUUCACAAAUAAGGCGACCUGAAAAUGGCGGCUAGACAGCCUGGACUUGUGGAGUAGCGGUACUCAGCACGAAACAUUUGGAAGAGGACCCUGGAAUGGGACUUUGGGAAUUGUACCUACCUAGUAAUGCUACGAAAUCACGA